GGUAGGUAACGUGAUCUGCGGUGUUUAUCGCAUUAAUGUAAAGAUGGCGAGAGUUUUCCACAACUUGCUCAUGUUUACAAUGGGACUCACGCUGAGGAUCCGAGUUUUGGGGUAUUGGUCGUUGAUAUACGGUUAUUGUGGCCUCUGCACUGCCGUAGCGCUGCUGAAACUUUGGUGGAACAUCAUUUUAAGGCCGUCAACAACCUUCCAGUGGGGAAUUCGCGAAACUCCCCCUGCAUGCCUGAACGACACGUCCUUGGGAACCCACUGUUAUGUUAGAAUAAAGGUAAGGCACAGCUGGUGAGAGGGAUUAGGAAAUAGCCUUUUGUGUUUAUGAGAGGUCUGCAUAGGUAAUUUUGUAUGCGCCUAGCUUGCCUGUAGCAUUGAAAUCAGAAAUAAAUCAAAAUAGGCCUUCAGGCUACAUGCAAAUCGUGGGCGCAUCUGUUUAUUCAUUUUUUUUGGCAUUUCAGGGAAACGUUAUGCAGGUAUAAGAUUUUCAGUGUAGGUAGGUUACUGUUAUUAUUGUCUGCGCUCACUUCUGAGGUAGUGCUGAAAAGAGCUCCCUAGUAGCAGCAGCUAUAUUAUCCUGUUGUGAUUCGUGACAAAUGUCAGUCCGAGAAUGAAGGGAGGCUAAACUGUAGAUUCACCUUUUAAUUUGUAUUUUCUGUUUAAAUGUUUAUUUAUGAACACAAUAUCCCCCAUAUGCCUGCCCAUAAUAAUAAUGUGGCAGUUCAGUUGUAAGAAUAAUAUCUGUCACUUGAAAUCCAAAGUAACUGGGAUUUAACUUUGUGUCAGUAAAUAGCCAAGCUACAUUUCGCCAGAAUAAACUUGAGCUGUGUAUCUGGGGUAAUUAGGAUACUGUGAUGUUGUUCACAAUCAGAAGUGAGAUACUGAAAAAUAUGUCUAGGUUGUAGAAUCGAAGGACCAUUAAAAAUAGGGGGAAAACAUAGGUGCUGGUUUUAGGCCGGUGGCAACCACGAAAGGGUUCCGUCCAGAACAAGAGGAAGCAGUAUUUCAGUUUCAGGGGGUUUAAUAAAUGAUCCACAUACACAUCCAACACCACUCUGACAGUAUGAGAAUGAUUGUGGUUUUAUAUUAUGCACGCACAAAUACAGCUAAAACAUGGUGGAACUUGGACUUCUGAGGACAACUCACGAAGUCUACACCACAACCAGGGUUUCCAGGUCAUGCUACAAUAUCGAGCCCAAUGACCACUCAAAACCCGCCCAAAAGGCCUGAAAACUAGCCCCAUGUUUUUUUCACAGCAAGAGAGGAGUUGCCAUAUUUAUACAAUACCACUUUUUUCCAUAACGUUAUCGAGCCAAUUAAGACGGAAUAUCAUAGUAACUUGAAACGACGUUAGAAGCAAAAUUCGGGGUUCCUCAAAAUAAUAAUUAUUGCAAGCUAUGACAUGACCUUAUAAAGGAAUUUGAAUAUGUGGCAAGAGAAAGGAUAAUUCGCCCUUAUUAAACUCGCCUGAUCAUUUGCACAAGGGGUUAUGGUAUAUUGCCAAUAUACCACGGCUAAGGGCUGUUCUUAAGCAUGAUGCAACGCUGGGCUCCCGAGUGGCGCAGCGGUCUAAGGCACUGCAUCUCAGUGCUUGAGGCGUCACUACAGACCCCUGGUUCGAUUCCAGGCUGUAUCACAACCGGCCGUGAUUGGGAGUCCCAUAGGGCUGCGCACAAUUGGCCCAGCGUCGUCCGGGUUUGGCCGGUGUAGGCGUCAUUGUAAAUAAGAAUGUGUUCUUAACUGACUUGCCUAGUUAAAUAAAGGUUAAAUAAAAAAUAUACCGCAAAUGCUGAGGGGUGCUUUAUUGCUAUUAUGAACUGGUUACCAACGUAAUUACAACAGUAACAAUUAAUGUUUUGUCAUAAGCUUGGUAUAUGGUCUGAUAUACCACGGCUUUCAGCCAAUUCAGGGCUCGAACCAGGUUUAUAAUUGUAAAUAAAUCCCCCUUUGCGCAUGUGCAUAGCUAUAGAUAAAUCAAACAGGAGAGUUUGAGUGAUGAAAGUUGGACAGAGGAUCUCGAAACACUUGGCUGAACAUAAAAAACAAAUGUUAGGCUAUUUUCUGGCAAUUGUGCUGUUAUUAUGUGCCAAAUGGUAAGACUACAAAUGGCCCCUUUGCGAGAUUGACUUAUCAUUUCAAUAGGCAUAGGCUACAGACUAAAAUCUGGGUUUAUGAUUGUAAUUCCAUUUUGCCAUGGUUUGCUUGGAUAAAGGCAGGUAGCCUAUAGCCCUUGAUAGGCCUACAUCUCAUUUCAGAUAGUCUACAGUAGCCUAGGCAAGAUGUAGGCAAGAUGUAAACUGAACGAUUUAGCAGCUUGCUUAGUUCAAAUGAACAGACUAAUUUAUUCAACAUGAAUAGUGAGGCGAUUUGGACACACCUACUCAUUCAAGUGUUUUUCUUUAUUUUACUAUUUUCUACAUUGUAGAAUAAUAGUGAACACAUCAAAACUAUGAAAUAACACAUAUGAAAUCAUGUAGUAACCAAAAAAGUGUUAAACAAAUCAAAAUAUAUUUUAAAUUUGAGAUUCUUUAAAUAGCCACCCUUUGAUGACAGCUUUGCACACUCUUGGCAUUCUCUCAACCAGCUUCACCUGGAAUGCUUUUCCAACAAUCUUGAAGGAGUUACCACAUAUGCUGAGAACUUGUUGGCUGCUUUUCCUUCACUCUGCAGUCCAUCUCAUCCCAAACCAUCUCAAUUGGGUUGAGGUCGGGUGAUUGUGGAGGCCAGGUCAUCUAAUGCAGCACUCCAUCACUCUCCUUCUUGGUCAAAUAGCCCUUACACAGCCUUUAGGUGUGUUGGGUCAUUGUCCUGUUGAAAAACAAAUGAUAGUCCCACUAAGCCCAAACCAGAUGGGAUGGCGUUUCGCUGCAGAAUGCUGUGGUAGCCAUGCUGGUUAAGUGUGCCGGCAGGUAGCUUAGUAGUUAAGAGCGUUGUGCCAGUAACCGAAAGGUCGCUGGUUCUAAUCCCCGAGCCGACUAGGUGAAAAAUAUGUCUGUGACCUUUGCAAGGCACUUAACCUUAAUUGCUCCUGUAAGUCGCUCUGGAUAAGAGUGUCUGCUAAAUGACAACAAAAAAAAAAUCUAAAUAAAUCACAGACAGUGUCACCAGCAAAGCACCCCCACAACAUAACACCUCCUCCUCCAUGCUUUACGGUGGGAACUACACAUGCGGAGAUCAUCCGUUCACCCACAUGCGUCUCACAAAGACACGGCGGUUGGAACCACAAAUCUCAAAUUUGGACUCCAGACCAAAGGACACAUUUCCACUGGUCUAAUGUCCAUUGCUCGUGUUUCUUGGCCCAAACAGGUCUCAUCUUCUUAUUGGUGUCCUUUAGUAGUGGUUUCUUUGCAGCAAUUUGACAAUGAAGGCCUGAUUCACACAGUCCCCUCUGAACAGUUGAUGUUGAGAUGUGUCUGUGACUUGAACUCUGUGAAGCAUUCAUUUGGGAUACAAUUUCUGAGGCUGGUCACUCUAAUGAACUUAUCCUCUGCAGCAGAGGUAACUCUGGGUCUUCCAUUCCUGUGGCGGUCCUCAUGAGAGCCAGUUUAAUCAUAGCGCUUGAUGGUUUUUGCGACUGCACUUGAAGAAACUUUCAAAGUUCUUGACAUUUUCUGUAUUGACUGACCUUCGUGUCUUAAAGUAAUGAUGGACUGUUGUUUCUCUUUGCUUAUGUGAGCUGUUCUUGCCAUAAUAUGGACUUUGAUCUUUUACCAAAUAGGGCUAUCUUCUGUACACCCUCCCCUACCUUUUCACAACACAACUGAUUGGCUCAAACACAUUAAGAAGGAAAGAAAUUCCACAAAUUAACUUUUAAGAAGGCACACCUGUUAAUUGAAAUGCAUUCCAGGUGACUACCUCAUGAAGCUGGUUGAGAGAAUGCCAAGAGUGUGCAAAGCUGUCAUCAAGGCAAACCCUUGAAUGAGUAGGUGUGUCCAAACUUUUGACUGGUAGUGUAUAUGAACUGAAUAUGCUCGUCAACAACAGCCACUGUUUAUUUUUUAGAAUUUGUUUUACCGAUAUCCUAAUCUGACUACUGUUACUGUCAAUCUAAUGUAACAACUGAUCAGCAAUUGCGAUAGAGCUUUGAUAAUUUCCAAUUUAAUAAACUAAACAUGUCCAUUAAUAAUUGCAUAACAACACAAGGCUACAACAACAAUAAACUGAAGUUAUAGGUUAUUUAUUAAAUUGGUUUGCCGGCUCGAGGUAGGCUACACAAGUGGCACAAAUUGAUUAGCAAUGACUACAUUGAUUUUGUAAUUUCAUCAUAUUUAUUGUAUCAAAUGGUAGUCUACAAUGGCAUAUACAUUAAUAGGCUAGUUGAUGGCCAACAGAGGCAAAUUGAUCAUUCUUCAGAUUUAUCCUAAUGUCAGUUUCAUUGGGGACUUCCCACCCCCAUAAAAAGAACCACGCGAGGGACUUCCAUAACUUCCAUUUCAAAUUUCCACUUGGUUAGCCCCCGUGACCCAAGAACUGAGCAUGCAUAAAGCACUUUGAUUGAUCCUGAUUUCUUUAAGCAGUCAACAUUAGAAUGCAGUUCAAACCACCUCCGAGCGUAUUUAUGUAAUGCGCCCAAAGUCGUUUUCCAGUGCUUUGUCUCCAUUCUUUCUUGAUGUGCAUCAGUUCUAGCAUAUUAAUGUUUUAUGAAAAAUGGGUUGGAAAUAGGUGACUCCAUAAUGACAAUCUAAAUAGCCUACCUACAACUGGUAAAACGUUGUCACAACGUGACUCGGCCAAUAGCUGUACUGCUCUCUCAACACACAACACACUCCUCCGGCCCUCCCCACCACUCACUCACUCAGCAACAGCCUGUCUCACUGCCUGACAGUCAGCAGCAGGUCACAGUGAAGUAUAUACAUAUUUUUAAGAGAAAUGCCAUGGCGGCCGCGGUGCAACUUAGAAAUAGCCCAAAAACCCGCAACCCGCGACAAAUACAUUUUAACCCGCGACAUCGUUUUCAAUGUAGCCCAAUUUGGCGGAAAAAACGUGAACAUGGCAACAUUGAUCACAACUCACUGGCUGGAGGUGGGACAAGUGAUAGAGAAUGUCUCUGAUUGGUUAGAAACGGAAGGGUGAGGAGCUGUUGGGCAUUCUAACUAAGGGGACAAACUAGGGAUGCAUAGAGACUUACCAUAACUGACUGCAUGGCCGUUUUUACAGCUGCCCCCAAAUGUGUUGUAUAGAUUUGCACUCAAUAACAAAGGGCAGCAAGGGCAGACAGUCACUGAGAGGGAUGACUUGAAGACUUGUGGUCAUCCAGCGAGGCAGAGACGUUAACCAGACGGGCGACUGGUCUACCAGAUGUCCUGUCUCUUGGUGCAGCUGGCCGCCCCGUCACAAAGGUGCUUGAGGUCAGCAGAUCAGGGUGUGUGACAUGGCAGGGGCCAGUGUAGGCUGUAAGGCUGUUCUGGAAGAUGGGAGCCAACAGGAAGCAGUGAAGGCUUGUAAGGCCCCCCAGCGGAGGAGCUGGAGUUAUCUUGACCCCCGGCAUGGUCUCAACAAGGACCCUGGGACUGGAUACUUUGGUGGCUGGAUCCAUAAAGUAGCAACGGGUGGUUGCCACCUGACAGGCUGGACCCAGGCAGAGGGACCAGGUGAAGGCCCCGGAUCAGGAGGUCGUGCUGCAGCAGGAAGACCAGACGAAGGCCCCGGGACUGCAGAUGGCAAGGUCGCAGGUCUCAACGAAGGUUUCAGGACUGGGGACCGCAGGGCCACAGCAGAGCUUAACGAGGGCCUCCGGACUGAAGACGGUGAGGGCGCCCACGUCAGCGACAGGAGCGGCCCCCAGGACAGGAGCUGAGAUCAACUGGAUCCCCACAGCAGCGACAUGCAGAGAUCUCAGGACAGGAGACAGCUGCACACCUGAAAGAGAGGGAGAUAAAGACCCAAAGGUGGGAGAAUCUGGAACCCUGGGUCCAGGAGAAAAUGACUGCGUGACCAGAGCUGUUGACUUGGGGCCUGACAGAGCUAGUGACUUGGGGCCUGACUGGGCUACAGACUGUGAGCUAGGGGAUGUUAUAUCUAUCAGGACAGAACGCUCUGGGCCUUCUGGGAUAGGAAAUUGAGGACUAAGGCAGCCUCCCGCACCUCUCUGAUUCAGAGGGGUUGGGUUAAAUGUGGGAAACACAUUUCGGUUGAAUGCAUUCAGUUGUGCAACUGACUAGGUAUCCCCUUUCCCUAGGUGAUCAGGGAACUGAGGGCUAAGAUGCUCUGGACCUACUGAGGCUAUAGACUGAGGACCUAGUAGGGUAGAGAGUGAGGUGUCUCCUAUGACAAGACACUGAACACCUCGGUCAGGAGGGUCUCCCAAGGCUGGAGCUAGCGGGACACAGUUCGGAGGGGCUGGCAAGAACCCCAAGGCUAAGACUGGCAGGGACUUACCAGGCCUGGACAGCAGACACGGUCCGAGCCACUGCAGCAGAGACUGGAGGGGUUUCCAGGGAGGAGCAGGGAGACAUCUUUGGACAGCAGCAGGCUGGACGUCGAAGGUAGGACUAGGCAGAUCCCACCAGGCAGGGACCGGAAAGGGCUGAGUGGCAGGGCUGGACUUGGCGCCUACAGCAGCUGCAUGCAGUGCUCCCACAUUAUGGACCACCUGACAUUCAGAGGUGUCGGAUGGAGUAGGAGUAGGCUUCUCACUCAGGGUGAACUCUGGCAGCUCCUCCGUCCUUUGAGAAGUAUGUAGGUCUUCCUACUCGCGAACAGUCAGGGAUGUGAGGAUUGAUCUUGGGUCCAGAACAGGGGUCGGCAAAACCUCUGUCAUUGGAGACGGCGAUGGCACCACUGGGUACCAGUUGAGACUCUGCGACAGGAGCUGGUUGGAACACCGUGGGGUGCUCCCCCAGGGUGAGCUUGGGUAGCUCCUCUGUCCCUGGAGAAGACUGUAGAACCGCUGGACCUCAUUCUGGCGCUUCUGUUGUAGUAUCUGUUGCAUGACAAUCUCUGAGAUGAUGUCAUCAACUUCUUGGGCAGCUUGGUGGCACAAGUCACUGUUCUCCUCCUCUAAGACUUAUUUCAGUUGUAAGAAGAGAGAACUGUUGAAGGACUGGCUGAGCCAGUCAGAUGACAACUGGCAGUGUCCAUCAGGUAAAUACUGGCAACGGUGAUCGGGUGGACUGUAGGAACCGUCCAUCUUCCUGACUGCUUUAAUAAGUUCAUCAAUCGAAUCACGCUGGCUGUGUAAACGCAGCCAGCGUUGUCACUGGCGGUCCAUGCUCAGCUCGACACUAAAACAUGGUGCAACUUGUCUUCAGAGGAGAACUCAGUGUCCACUUGUCUUCACCGCAACUCACUGGUUGGAGGCGGGACUUACAACGCGAAAGUGACAGAGAAUGUCUCUGGUUAGAAAUAGAAGGGUGAUUGACUAAGAGGAUGUCCGGCAUUCUAACUAAAAGGACAAACUAGGGUUGCAUAGAGACAUACCAUAACUGACUGCAUGGCUGUUUUUACAGAUACAGUAAGCUACAAGUCCAUGCAUAUGAACUAAAACCAAACAAAUGAAUUCACAAAUUACUCAAUGGUUUGACCAUAAAAACAACCUAUUCUACAAACCAUUAAAACAUGAAUGUACAAUAAUUUGAAUAAAAUUGGCUAUAAAUGUCAGUGACAGAUUUUAUAAUAUACAGAAUGUGUCAUACUGGAAUGACCAGACGGCAGGCCAGGGCUGAGUUUAUGCAAUGGCCCUGCUCUGUCCCUGUUCUAUCCCUGUUUUACAGUGCCAUAAAGCACACCGUGAUGUUGGAGGAUGAGAGUUUUAUGUCACAGAGAGUAGACAGUAUCUUCAUCCUAAAUGGCACCAUAUUCCCUACAUCAGGGCUGCCCCAACCCUCUUCCUGGAGAUCUACUGUCCUGUAGGUUUUCAGUCCAACCCUCAUUUAGCAUAUCUGAUUCAGCUAGUUAAGGUCUUGUUGAGCAGCUAAUAAGUAGAAUCAGGUGUGUUAAAUUACGGUUUGACUGAAAAGCCACAGGACGGUAGAUCUCCAGGAAGACGGUUGGGCAGCCCUGUCCUAUAUAGUGCACUAGGACUCUGGUCAAAAGAAGUGCACUGGAAUAGGGCUAAUGCAACUGUAAGUUGCUCUGGAUAACAGCUUCUGCUAAAUGACUAAUUUGGGGUGCAGCCAGAGAGCAGUAACAGCCUAUGUGAUAGAGGGCAGGGAAGGGAUGACAUCAUAUUAUAGUGUGUCCCUGGUGACUGACUGAUCUCUGUCUUCUGUCUCUGUCUUUAUUCUCAGGAGUCUGGUCUGAGGUUUCACUAUGUUGCUGCUGGAGCGAGAGGGAAACCACUCAUGCUGUUUUUGCAUGGCUUCCCAGAGUUUUGGUAAGACAUCUAGACUACACACUGCAUCUGCACAUUAUAUACACAUAUGGGGCCGGUAUCCCGACCCGGACACAGAUUAAGCCUAGUCCUGGACUAAAAGGCACUUUCAAUAGAAAUUCUUAAUUUAUCUUGCUUUUUUGUCCAGGAAUAUCUUGUCUUAAUAUAGACUAAACUGUUGUAUUGUUAUUGCCUGUCAGGUUAAGUUUUGUUUUGUCUAUUUGUGUUUUUAUAGUGAAAGCAUUUUGGAAAGGAGCUCUAUUAUAAACUAACCAACCAGUUUCCCAUGAAUCACCAACCCCAUACAGUAGCCCACUGCUGUAUCGACCCCAUACAACAUUAUUCUAGCUUGGGUGUCCAAUCAAAAACAAAUUUUUUGACCAAUGGGUAAAAUAAUAUGUUAAUUAUGUAGGUACUCCUCUAAGAAAACCUAAUGUCUCUAUCAUAAUCCGUUCAAAAAUUAUUGGAGUUUUUACUUGUUUUAUAAAACAAGAGGUAAGAUAGAUAUCGAUUUUGAGACAUGACAUGUAGUAUUUUCAUAUUUUAGUAUACGCUUUUCAUAUUAAUGUGAAAUUCCUGUUAUUUUUCUAAGAUUUCUCAGUAAAACAAGCAUAUCUUUGUGAAAUGUCAACAGAGCACUGAGCGUACCCAAAGGUUUUUAUUUUCAACACCUUUUACAUUUAAUUCAGCUCGUAUCAUGUUAAUUUAGAUUUUUGAGACCCGCGGAAAUAACUUUGCAGAAGAUGUAAAAUCCUCAAAAGUCGCUGCGAGAAGCGGUACCGCGCUGUCAACAGAGCUCGGUGCUUAUUAUCGGAUGCAUUAGGUUACGAAAUACGACUUUUUGGAUAUAAUGUUAAUGAUAUGUUACAGAAAGACCCCACUGAACGAUUCAGAACAUGAUCAUAUUUGUCUUGGUAAAAUAUAUUUUAUAACAUAAGGAAGUGAAAUUUCAGCACCAAAGCGCGUUUUCACUCUAUGUAACCAACGCUUUGACCUCUUCUCUACUGUACAUUGCUACUGCAUUAUAAGAACAUCUCAUAGUUGAGAUCUUCAUACUACAGUAUGGCCUGUAAGGCUCAGUUGGUAGAGCAUGGUGCUUGCAAUGCCAGGAUUGUGGGUUCGAUUCCCGUGCAACCCAGACGUAGAAUGUAUGCACGCAUGACUGUAAGUUGCUUUGGAUAAAAGCGUCUGCUAAAUGGCAUAGAUUUUAUACAGUGAGCUCAAAAGGUAUUGGGACAGUCACACAUUUUUUGUUUUGGCUCUGUGCUUGAAAUUUGAAAUAAUACAAUGACUGAGGUUAAAGUGCAGACUGUCAGUUUUAAUUAGAGGGUAUUGUCAUCCAUAUCGGGUGAAUCGUUUAGAAAUUACAGCGCUUUUUGUACAUAGUCCUCCCAUUUUAGGGGACCAAAAGUAUUGGGACAAAUUCACUUAUGUUUAUUAAAGUAGUCAAGUAGUAUUUGGUCCCAGAUUCCUAGCACGCAAUAAUUACCUCAAGCUUGUGACUCUACAAACUUGUUGGAUGCAUUUGCUGUUUGUUUUGGUUGUGUUUCAGAUUAUUUUGUGCCCAAUAGAAAUGAAUGGUCAAUAAUGUAUUGUCAUUUUGGAGUCACUUUUAUUGUAAAUAAGAAUAGAAUAUAUUUCUAAACACUUCUACAUUAAUGUGGAUGCAACCAUGAUUACGGAUAGUUCUGAGUGAAUGAGUGAGAAAGUUAGACGCACAAAUAUCAUAGCCCCCCCCCCAAAAAAUGCUAACCUCCCCUGUUUUUGUAAUGGUGAGAGGUUAGCAUGUCUUGGGGGUAUGAUAUUUGUACGUCAAACUUUCUCACUCAUCAUAAUUCACUAAAUAUCAUACCCCCAAGACAUGCUAACCUCUCACCAUUACAAUAACAGGGGAGGUUAUCAUUACUAAACCUUUGACCACUUUAAUACACAUAAGGGAAUUAGUCGCAAUACUUUUGGUCUCCUAAAAUGGGGGGGACUAUGUACAAAAAGUGCUGUAAUUUCUAAACGGUUCACCCGAUUUAUGGAUGAAAAUGUACCGUAAUUGUAUCAUUUCCAAUCUAAAGUGCUGGAGUACAGAGCCAAAACAACCAAAAAUGUGUCACUGUCCCAAUACUUUUGGAGCUCACUGUAUAUUAUUAAUGAACGGGUCUUCUUGGGUCUAUUCCGCCUCACUGCCCAUCUACUGCACAGGAAUUAAUGAUGAACUCUCAUGUAUCCCAAAUGGCACCCUAUUCUGUAUAUAGUGCACUACUUUUGACCAGAACCCUAUGGGCACUGGUCAAAAGUAGUGUGCUAUAUAGGGAAUAGUGUGCCUUUUGGGAUGUCUCUCUGCCUUGCUAGCUGGACAGAAAGACUCUUACACUUACGACUUUCUUCUCCCAAUUAUUUCAGUGUUAAAAAAGUACUAAACCCAAGCUUCCCUAUUCACUCUGAAUAGAGAGAGGGUUUGGGUGUGGGGGGUUGGUGUUUGAGAUGGGGUUAUGUGGAGGAACUGGAAGUGCCUGUGUUAUUUUAAACCUCAUCUAUAUUCUAAGACGUUGGGUUUCUCUGUUCCAGAUCGGUGUCCCAAAUGGCACCCUAUUCCCUAGUGCACUACUUUUAACCAGGGCCCGUAGGACUCUGGUCAAAAGUAGUGCACUAUAUAGGGAAUAGGGUGUCAUUUGGGACACCGCCCAGCUCUUAUCCUGACUCAUCAGAACCCCAGUCAGGCCUUGUGGUCCUCCUCUAUGGGGGUUUCAUUCUGAGGAGCCUCGGCCUCCAGUCCACAGCAGACAAGAUCUUCAAUUAGAGAGCUUUUCCUCUCCACUAUGAUGACACUGAGGAUUAGAAUCGAGGGGAAAAAACAUCUAUUAUACAAAGGUGACCUGCACUCAGUUUGGAAGGGAAGAAGGGAAACUGAGUGCCAGUAGAAAUAAUGCAGUUAAGGAUAUAUCAACUUUGUGGGUGUAUUCAAGAGAGAAACACAGUUGAUCUGUAAGUGGUUUUUCAACUGUGUGCACUAUACUGAAUGUCGUCUUUUGAUUGCAGUAGUGAAGAUAGGGUUUAAUUAUGAAGUACUGUCCUGUGUGACUUUCCCAUGUCAUUAAGACGAAGAUGGUUGUUGUGUGUAUCUCUUUGUCUCUCUCCCUCUCUUUCAACCUCUCUCUGUCUCUUUGUCUCUCUCUCUUUCUCUCUCUCCCUCUCUUUCAACCUCUCUCUGUAUCUUUGUCUCUCUCUCUUUGUCUCUCUCGCUCUCUCCCUCUCUUUCAACCUCUCUCUGUCUCUUUGUCUCUCUCUCUGUCUCUCUCGCUCUCUCCCUCUCUUUCAACCUCUCUCUGUCUCUUUGUCUCUCUCUCUUUGUCUCUGUCUCUCUCUCGGGAUGUCUGUCUAUCUGCCUCCAGGUUUUCCUGGCGCCACCAGCUGCGUGAGUUUAAGAGUGAGUACCGUGUGGUGGCUGUUGACAUGCGAGGCUACGGGGAGUCUGACUUGCCAUCAUCCACAGAGAGCUACCGCUUUGACUACCUGGUCACAGACGUCAAGGACAUUGUGGAAUACCUAGGUGAGAGUGGACAACCACAUCUUUUAUCUGUAUCUUAUAUCAAUGUUUUCAUUAGUUUACUUAGUUUAUACACAAAGACACAAGGAGACAGGUGUAUGUUGUAUAUAUGAUGGAAGAUUUAAAAAAACAUGCCCACUCUGAUUCACUGAUGAACACUUUCGGGACCAUGACUACCCGUAUUAUGAAACAUCACUCCAUGGGGACAAAGAGAGAGGGUGACACAGCCUGGUGUAUUGAGCUGAGUCAAAGUUUCUCAUUGUAGCUAUACUGUGUGGAUUGGACAGCCUGUGGAACACCCGUGGGCCCACAACACAGCAGGACAUGACAGGCUUCCUCUGACUCAUGGUGACUGACUAUGGGUAGUCGUGCUGACACAUAAUGCACGCGCACACACACACACUACAGAGCUGGCAGCACGGAGCACACUCACUCAGUGAAACUGGAAGCAUUCAUAGACCUGGGGGCCUCUAUGUAAGACCAGUGUCCCUCACCUUGUGUAAGGCUGAUAUUUCAAAUAGCAGUACAACUGACAGUAUUAUUUGCUUUACAUGGAAAAGAAUGUCAAUUUUUACAACAAAGAAGAUGAGCUGUGGUCAUAAUAUAUUAUAUUCAUCAUGCAAUACUCCUGCCCAAAACACAAAACAUAAUCUGUUGCACUUGCACACCAGACUGGCUCCGUUGUUUCCAAUAAGCUGACUAGGAAGAUGACUGAUACGCUGAAUAAUCAGGCAUCACAUUGUUUUCACUGUACACUGUAAUAGGAUUGUUCUUCUUCAGGAGGUAUCUUGGCAAGAAGGCUCAACUGAGAGAAGGUGAAUGGAUGGUGCUGGACAUGCGCGCACACACUCACAGACUCUCCUCCAUCUCUCCUCAGGUUACAACAGAUGUUACCUGGUCGGCCAUGAUUGGGGAGGAACCAUCGCCUGGCUGUUCGCCAUCCACUACCCCGAGAUGGUGACCAAACUCAUUGUCCUAAAUUGCCCCCAUCCCUCUGUCUUCACUGGUAGGUCCUAAACUGCCUCCAUCCCUCUGUGUUUACUGAUAGGUCCUCAAACUGCCCCCAUCCCUCUGUGUUUACUGAUAGGUCCUCAAACUGCCCCCAUCCCUCUGUGUUUACUCAUAGGUCCUCAAACUGCCCCCAUCCCUCUGUGUUUACUGAUAUGUCCUCAAACUGCCCCAUCCCUCUGUGUUUACUGAUAGGUCCUCAAACUGCCCCCAUCCCUCUGUGUUUACUGAUAGGUCCUCAAACUGCCCCCAUCCCUCUGUGUUUACUGAUAGGUCCUCAAACUGCCCCCAUCCCUCUGUGUUUACUGAUAGGUCCUCAAACUGCCCCCAUCCCUCUGUGUUUACUGAUAGGUCCUCAAACUGCCCCCAUCCCUCUGUGUUUACUGAUAGGUCCUCAAACUGCCCCCAUCCCUCUGUGUUUACUGAUAGGUCCUCAAACUGCCCCCAUCCCUCUGUGUUUACUGAUAGGUCCUCAAACUGCCCCCAUCCCUCUGUGUUUACUCAUAGGUCCUCAAACUGCCCCCAUCCCUCUGUGUUUACUGAUAGGUCCUCAAACUGCCCCCAUCCCUCUGUGUUUACUGAUAGGUCCUCAAACUGCCCCCAUCCCUCUGUGUUUACUGAUAGGUCCUCAAACUGCCCCCAUCCCUCUGUGUUUACUGAUAGGUCCUCAAACUGCCCCCAUCCCUCUGUGUUUACUGAUAGGUCCUCAAACUGCCCCCAUCCCUCUGUGUUUACUGAUAGGUCCUCAAACUGCCCCCAUCCCUCUGUGUUUACUGAUAGGUCCUCAAACUGCCCCCAUCCCUCUGUGUUUACUGAUAGGUCCUCAAACUGCCUCCAUCCCUCUGUGUUUACUGAUAGGUCCUCAAACUGCCCCCAUCCCUCUGUGUUUACUGAUAGGUCCUCAAACUGCCUCCAUCCCUCUGUGUUUACUGAUAGGUCCUCAAACUGCCCCCAUCCCUCUGUGUUUACUGAUAGGUCCUCAAACUGCCCCCAUCCCUCUGUGUUUACUGAUAGGUCCUCAAACUGCCCUCAUCCCUCUGUCUUCAUUGGUAUGUCAUUGUCAGUGCAGGCCCAGCCAAUAAGCGACAUAUGCAGCCGCUUAGGGCCCCGCAGCUGCUAGGAAGCCCCCGACCCCCAAAAAGACCUGGUUAGGGUACCUCUGCAUUCACUAGUACGGGAUCGAACUACCCCCACUCCUCUGUAUGUACUAGUAUGUCAUCACAAUCCAAACUCGUCGUCCUAAACUGCCCCAAUCCCUCUGUAUUCACUGGUAUGUCCUACAAUCCCUCUGUGUUCACUGGUAUGUCCUACAAUCCCUCUGUAUUCACUGGUAUGUCCUACAAUCCCUCUGUGUUCAAGUUUAAGUUUAAACUUUACUGCCUCAGAUGGAAAUUUGUUUUGCAGCAAUAGUCAAACAUAAAAGACAUAACAAAAUACAUUGACAAAUGACAGGGACUACAUAGGUGAAUACAUAGGUGGGUACACUGAAUGCAAUAGACUGAAUACACCAGUUGACUAGUCCCUGACCAUGUCAUUGUCCUGAACUGCCCCCAUCCCUCACUGGUACGUCAUCACCAAUCACCAUCCUUAGAUAAACAACAGAUGAAACAGCCUAUUGUAUGUCACAUGUACAAUUAUUAGUUCAAUAUGAGGGGAGAGAAACCUCUUCCUCCUUGUGCUAAUUAGAGAAAAGAUGUUUAGCUCUGGGGUUAUUACCGUGAUUACCAUCUUUAAUUAUAAGGUGUUAUAACCUCCAUGAAGUGUUUACUCCAUCCAUCUAGUAGCUUCUCAGUCUCCUUCCUUAAGGCGGAGAUGGAGGAGGUAAUUGUAUAGUAAUGCUUUAAUAUGAAGUUGGAGCAGCUGGGCUGGAGGAGACGACAUGGGAGAAGAGGAUACAGUGCAUUCGGACCCCUUGACUUUUUCCACAUUUUGUUACGUUACAGCCUUAUUCUAAAAUUGAUUAAAUUGUUUUUUUCCCCCUCAACUCAUCUACACACAAUGCCCCAUAAUGACAAAGCAAAAACAGGUUUUUAUACAUUUUUGCAAAUGUAUUAAAAAUUAAAACCUGAAAUAUCACAUUUACAUAAGUAUUCAGACCCUUUGCUCAGUACUUUGUUGAAGCACCUUUGGCAGCGAUUACAGCCUCGAGUCUUCUUGGGUAUUACGCUACAAGCUUGGCACACCUGUAUUUGUGGAGUUUCUCCCAUUCUUCUCUGCGGAUCCUCUCAAGCUCUGUCAGGUUGGAUGGGAGUGUCGCUGCACAGCUAUUUUCAGGUAUCUCCAGAGAUCGGCCUCAAGUCUGGGCUCUGGCUGGGCCACUCAAGGACAUUUAGAGACUUGUCCCGAAGCCACUCCUGCAUUGUCUUGGCUGUGUGCUUAGGGUCGUUGUCCUGUUGGAAGGUGAACCUUCGCCUCAGUCUGAGGUCCUGAGUGCUCUGGAGCAGGUUUUCAUCACGGAUCUCUCCAUUCAUCUUUCCCUCGAUCCUGACUAGUCUCCCAGUCCCUGCCGCUGAAAAACAUCCUCACAGCAUGAUGCUGCCACCACCAUGCUUCAUCGUAGGGAUGGUGCAAGGUUUCCUCCAGAUGUGACGCUUGGCAUUCAGGCCAAAUAAUUUAAUCUUGGUUUCAUCAGACCAGAGAAUCUUGUUUCUCAUGGUCUGAGAGUCCUCUAGGUGCCUUUUGGCAAACUCCAAGUGGGCUGUCAUGUGCCUUUUACUGAGGAGUGGCUUCCGUCUGGCCACUCUACCACAAAGGCCUGAUUGGUGGAGUGCUGCAUAGAUGGUUGUCCUUCUGGAAGGUUCUCCUAUCUCUAGGAAGAGUCUUGGUGGUUCCAAACUUCUUCCAUUUAAGAAUGAUGGAGGCCACUGUGUUCUUGGGAACCUUCAAUGCUGCAGACAUUUUUUGGUACCCUUCCCCAGAUCUGUGCCUCAACACAAUGCUGUCUCGGAGCUCUAUGGACAAUUCCUUCGACCUCAUGGCUUGGUUUUUGCUCUGACAUACACUGUCAACUGUGAGACCUUAUAUAGACAGGUGUGUGCCUUUCCAAAUCAUGUCCAAUCAAUUGAAUUUACCACAGGUGGACUUCAAUCAAGUCGUAGAAACAUCUCAAGGAUGAUCAAUGGAAACAGGAUGCACCUGAGCUCAAUUUCGAGUCUCAUAGCAAAGGGUCUGAAUACUUAUGUAAAUAAGGUAUUUCUGUUUUAUUUGUAAUAAAUUAGCAAACAUUUCUAAAAACCUGUUUUUGCUUUGUCAUUAUGGGGUAUUUUGUGUAGAUGAUGAGGGGGAAACGCAACAAAAUGUGGAAAAAGUCAAGGGGUCUGAAUACUUUCCGAAUGCACUGUAGGGGGGAGGUCACUGACCGACAGCCCAUCCACAGCCCCUCUCUCUCCCUUGCAAAUGCACUAUGCUGCAUUUGUGUCUUGCUUAAUUUACACACUCGCUAGGUUCCAAUGUCCAUACAUUCCCAAAACGUUACUUCAUUCUAAGUGUUAUGCAAGUGUUUUAUUUUGGAACUCCUUACUCUGGAUUUCUUCUCAUCCUCGUCCCCUUUACGCGACUCGGUCCUCUCCGUUCCAAUCGUCUCGACCUCUCGCUUCCAGGGUCCCUAUCUCUUUCCUCUCCCUCGCCUUCCCGUCCCUCCCCCACUUCUCCUUCUCUCCUCGUCCCCCCCCGCCGCUCCUUCUCGUUUCCCUCUCCCCUCACCCCUUUCCCGUUCCCUCUCCCCUAACCUCCGGGUCCGCCCCGGGAGCCUUUCCCUCAGCCCCUACCUCUCUCUCGUCCUCCUCUCGUCUCCCCUGCCCCGUCCCUCCCCCUUCCUGCCCUGUCCCCUCUACCUCUACGUCAGUCCCUUUCCAUUAGAUCUCCUGUUCCCCCCCUCCCACUGCUCCGGUCCCCGCCCAAAGGUUUCCCUACUGUUCCUCUUCCCCUCAAAAGUUUCCUCGGGGCCCUCUCCAACUAUCUUCGAGUUCCCACUUCUAGGCCAAAAACGAACCCCCGACGCAAAGAAGGAAAAUCGGCCCCCUACCUCUCAUCUACUUUUCCACUCCAUUACCUAAUCCCCCUCUUCCUUUCUCCUUUCCCUUCUCCUCAGUUCCUCUCUAUCUGUCCUCGCUCCUCCCCCCUGUUCCCCCUCUCCUCCCUCUACUCUCUUCCCCCUCUCUCCCUCCUCUUUUUCCCCUCCUUCUCUCUCCUCUUCCCCUCUUUUCCCCCCUUCCCUCUAUUUCCUUCCUCUCCCUAUUACGUCCCUCCCUCCCUACUUCCCGCUAUCACCCGGGCCCCCCCCCGCGACCGCGCUCCGGGCCCGCCCCCCCCCGGGGCCCCGGGGCCCGAGCCUCUAGCCUGUUCCCCUCUCCCGACUCCGUCUCCGUUCCCUCUGCCCAAACCGGCCGCGGUCCCCCCCAUCCUCCCGGAAGCCGCACGCGGGCCGGGGCCCCCCCCGCGGCGGGCGCGGGGGCCCCCGCGCGCCCGGAGGGCGGGGGCCGGGGGGCCCCCCCGGCCGCGACGGGGGGCCGGGGGCCCCGGGGCCCGGGGGGCCCGCGCCCCCGGCGAGAGAGGGGGGGGGGGCCCCCGGCCCGGAAGAGAGGGGAGAAGGGGGGGGGGCGGAAGGAGGAGAGAAGGGGCCCAGGCAAGCGGGGGGCGGGGCCCAGGGAAAGGAAGAGGGGAGAGAGGGGAAAGGAGAAAAAGAGAGGGGCUAGCGAGAGGGAAGAUUCAGGAAACAAGAGGAGAGGAAGCCGGAAGAGAAAGAGAAGGAGAGAGGGAAAAAAAGGAGGGGGGACGAAGAGAAGAAGAAGGAAGGAGAAAAGAGGAAAAGCAGAAGAGAGAGGGGGGAAACCUAAAAAAAGGGCCCCAAAAAAAAAAAAAAAAGGCCGGAAAAUAAAGGUUUUUCCUCUAUUUUAUUUUUUCCCCUUUAUUUCCCCAUUCCACCCUCUUUUUUCCCUUUUAAUUUCCUCUUCCCCUUCCUUUUCCUUUCCCUUCCCCUACUUUUUUCCCUUUCCCCUCUUCCUUUCUUCUCUUCCUCUCCCUUACUCUUUUCCCUUCCCUCUCCUUAUUCUUUCUACUUCCCUUCCUUAUUUUUCUCUGUUCCCUCUUUAUUUCUCUGUUCCCCCCACCCCCGCCCCCCCCGGGGGGCCCCCCCCCCCGGGGCCCCCCCCCCCCCACCCCCCGGGGGCCCCCCGACCCCGGCCCCCAACCCCGGCCCCCAAAGCGCCGAAGAGCCCGGCGGCAGGGGAGCCCCCGAGGCCGGAAAGGACGGAGGACCGGGGGGAAAAAACCCCCCUUUCCCCUCCCCCCUUUUUUCCCGGCCCCCCCCCCCCCCCCCCCCCUUUUAAAAAAGGGGGGGCAAAAAAAAACCCCCCCCCCUUUUUUUAAAAACCCCCCCCUUUUUUUUCCCCAAAACCCAAAAUUUUUAUUUGAAAAGUGGAGGAGGGCCCGGGGAAAACCCCAGGGUUUCGGGAAACCCAAAACCCUGGGGCCCACCCGGGGCAGACCCCCCAAACCCGACCAAAGGGGCCCCAAAAAAAACCCCCGGGGCCCCCCCAAAUAUUCUUUUUCCCCCCCCUAUAUUUUCCUGCCCUUUCCAAUUUUCUUUCCCUUUUCCCUUCUUUUCCCCCCCCUUUUCCCCCUAUCAACCCUUUUUAAAAAAAUUUUACCGGUAAGUCCAAAAAAAAAAACCCCAAAAAAAAAGAGGGGGGAAAAAGGCCCCAAAAAAGGGGGUAAAAAAAUAGCUUUGGGAACAAAAAAAAAAAAAACAAAAAAAGGGGAUCCCAAACCCCCUGGGGGCCCCCCAACCCUAGCCCCUUUAAAAAAAAAGUUUUUAAAAAAAAUGAAAAAUAAAACCCUUAAGGUUAAAUUUCCCCAAAAAAAUUUUCCCUUCCCCAAAAACCCCGGGAAAAAGGGGGAAAAAAGGGGGAAAAACAAAAAGAUUUUGGGGGGGAAAAAAAAAGAAAAAAAAACCCAAAAAAAACCCGGCCCCAAGAAAAAAGGGGGGAAAAAAAAAAAGGGGGGCCCCCAAAGAAAGGGGGGGGAAAAAAAAAAGAAAAAAAAAAAAGGGGGGGGAAAAAAACCCCAAAGAAGAAAAAAAAUAAAAGGGGAAUAAAAAAGGGGGAAAAAAAACGAAAUUGAAAAAAAAAAGGCCCAAAAAAAAAAAAAAAAAAGGGGGGGCCCAACCCAAACACCCAAGGGGGAAAAAAAACGGGAAAAAAAAAGGGGGAAAAAAAAAAAGAAAACCCCCCCCGAAAAACCAAAAAACCCCUUUUUCCCACCCACCUCAGAAUUUGAAAAAAAAAACCCCGCCCCCCCAAAAAAAGGGGGGUUAAUCCAAAAUUUAUAAGCCCGGGUACUAAAAAAAAUUUUCCAGUGAAAACCCAAAAACAGGUUCAAAGACCCGGCCUUUCGGUUUUCCCCUUCAAAAAGGGGGGGGGAAAAAAAAAAAAAAACCCCCAAAAGAAAAAAAAAAAAAAAAAAAGCCCCCCCAAACCAAAAACGUUUCCCUCCCCCUCCCCAUUUUCCCCUUUCCUUUCUUUCCCCUUCCCCCUUCCCUUUUCCACUUUUUUCCUUAUCCCACCUUUCUUCGGUUCCCUCCCCCCUUCUCCCCCUUUCCUGUUUUCCUUUCUCCCUUCCCCACCCCUUUCCCUUUUUCCUAUUUUUCCCCUCCCCCUUAGUCAUUUCCUCCCACUCUACUCCGCCUUUCCCUCUCUUCCACCUCAUUUCCCCCCUUUCCUUUCUUGUUUGGGUUGGGGGGGGGGGGUUUUGUUUUUUUUCCUUUCUUUAGGAAAACCUUAUUUUGGUUGCGGGAAAUCAUUUUAAAUGGAAAGGAAAACCAAAUUGUUUUUUUUUUCCUUACAAAAAAAUUUAAAAUUUUAAUUAAAGGGUGGGAAAAAAAAAAGGGUUUAUUUUUUUUUAAAGGGGUAAGGGAAAAUUUUUAACCUUCUUUUGGGUUAGGUUAACAUAAAACAAAUUUUUCCCUGACUGUUCCUUUAAAUACAAGACUAUUCCGAAAGACCGCCAGGCUAACUCGUCCUCUAUCUCUUUUUAGAUAUCUACAAUCUUAAUUCCUUUCCCCUCUAUCUCUUCCUCUAUCUCUCUUCUAUCCUUCUAUCUUAAAGUAAUAUUCUCCUUAUAUCUCCUAAUUCUUCUCUUCUCAUUUCUCCGCUCCUCCCUUCUAUCUUCUUCCGUUCCUUAUUCGCCUCUCUCUUUCCUGUUCUCCUCUCUCCCUCUUCUCACCUCUAUUCUGUCCUCUUCUCUUCUCUCUCCUGCCUUCCUCUCUCCAUCUCUCUUCUCUACUCUCCGCUCUCCUCCAUGUUUCCAGAUUAUGCCCUGUGUCAUCCCAGCCAGCUGCUCAAGUCCAGCUACUUCUUCUUCUUCCAGCUGCCUCGUUUCCCAGAGCUCAUGCUCUCCAUCAAUGAUUUUAAGGUGAAAUGUGGGUGUGUCGAGGGGGAGGGGUAAUGGUUGUGAUGGCUGUUUCUCAAGGAGUCUGUGUAUGGCAACAAUUUAUGGAUUGUAGUGGUUGCAGGCAACCUAUCAUUUUAAAUGGAGCAAGAAAUAUUUGCUACAAUUGUUUUUUGUUAUUGGCAAAAACAAGAAAUUGUUCUUCCUGGUAGCUAUCAUUAAUCAAUCAAAUUGAUCAGGUAAAAAAAAAAAAAAAUGCGUUCUCAUUUUUACUUUGUUGCAAAUGAUAGGGAGAGUGACAGCAGUAAAUCGUUGUGCCUAAGUCCUUCUCAUUUGAGUGUAGGUCAUCUCACAGUAGUCAACACAACAACCAUCCCAUUUAUAGGUCCUCGUCUGACCUGUAUUACUUUAACAGUGACAUAAGGGACCUUGUCUGUGCGUGCCAUCCAGAUCAAAUCACACCUUGAGCACAUUCGUACACACACACACACACACACACACACAGUCACUCACCCACCUAGUGUGUCUUUCUGUCCUCUCUGUUCUAUAGGCGCUGAAGUGCCUGUUCACCAGCCGUAGUACAGGGAUUGGGAGGAAGGGUCGAUGGCUCACUGCAGAGGACAUGGAGGCCUAUCUCUACGCCUUCUCCCAGCCAGGGGCCCUGACCGGGGCUCUCAACUACUACAGGAAUGUCUUCAGGUGAGGAAGAUUAUGAAAUGAUAAAAUUCUUCAUUAGUGAGCUCUGUAUUAGGAUGUCUCCUGUAGGCAUCCAUACUUACAGUGGGGAAAAAAAGUAUUUAGUCAGCCACCAAUUGUGCAAGUUCUCCCACUUAAAAAGAUGAGAGAGGCCUGUAAUUUUCAUCAUAGGUACUCGUCAACUAUGACGGACAAAAUGAGAGAAAAAAAUUCCAGAAUAUCACAUUGUAGGAUUUUUAAUGAAUUUAUUUGCAAAUUAUGGUGGAAAAUAACUAUUUGGUCAAUAACAAAAGUUUCUCAAUACUUUGUUAUAUACCCUUUGUUGGCAAAGACACAGGUCAAACGUUUUCUGUAAGUCUUCACAAGGUUUUCACACACUGUUGCUGGUAUUUUGGCCCAUUCCUCCAUGCAGAUCUCCUCUAGAGCAGUGAUGUUUUGGGGCUGUCGCUGGGCAACACAGACUUUCAACUACCUCCAAAGAUUUUCUAUGGGGUUGAGAUCUGGAGACUGGCUAGGCCACUCCAGGACCUUGAGAUGCAUCUUACGAAGCCACUCCUUUGGUGUGUUUGUGAUCAUUGUCAUGCUGAAAGACCCAGCCACGUUUCAUCUUCAAUGCCCUUGCUGAUGGAAGGAGGUUUUCACUCAAAAUCUCACGAUACAUGGCCCCAUUCAUUAUUUUCUUUACACGGAUCAGUCGUCCUGGUCCCUUUGCAGAAAAACAGCCCCAAAGCAUGAUGUUUCCACCCCCAUGCUUCACAGUAGGUAUGGUGUUCUUUGGAUGCAACUCAGCAUUCUUUGUCCUCCAAACACGACGAGUUGAGUUUUGACCAAAAAGUUAUAUUUUGGUUUCAUCUGACCAUAUGACAUUCUCCCAAUCCUCUUCUGGAUCAUCCAAAUGCACUCUAGCAAACUUCAGACGGGCCUGGACAUGUACUGACUUAAGCAGGGGGACACAUCUGCCAUUGCAGGAUUUGAGUCCCUGGCAGCGUAAUGUGUUACUGAUGGUAGGCUUUGUUACUUUGGUCCCAGCUCUCUGCAGGUCAUUCACUAGGUCCCCCCGUGUGGUUCUGGGAUUUUUGCUCACCGUUCUUGUGAUCAUUUUGACCCCACGGGGUGAGAUCUUGCGUGGAGCACCAGAUCGAGGGAGAUUAUCAGUGGUCUUGUAUGUCUUCCAUUUCCUAAUAAUUGCUCCCACAGUUGAUUUCUUCAAACCAAGCUGCUUACCUAUUACAGAUUCAGUCUUCCCAGCCUGGUGCAGGUCUACAAUUUUUUUUCUGGUGUCCUUUGACAGCUCUUUGGUCUUGGCCAUAGUGGAGUUUGGAGUAUGACUGUUUGAGGUUGUGGACAGGUGUCUUUUAUACUGAUAACAAGUUCAAACAGGUGCCAUUAAUACAGGUAACGAGUUGAGGACAGAGGAGCCUCUUAAAGAAGAAGUUACAGGUCUGUGAGAGCCAGAAAUCUUGCUUGUUUGUAGGUGACCAAAUACUUAUUUUCCACCAUAAUUUGCAAAUAAAUUCAUAAAAAAUCCUACAAUGUGAUUUUCUGGAUUUUUUUUUCUCAAUUUGUCUGUCAUAGUUGACGUGUACCUAUGAUGAAAAUUACAGGCCUCUCUCAUCUUUUUAAGUGGGAGAACUUGCACAAUUGGUGGCUGACUAAAUACUUUUUUCCCCCACUGUAUGUAGGACAUGCACAAAGUGAACAUGUCGAAGCUGACGGUUGUUGUGCCUCCUCAUUUUACCACAAGCGCCCUCUAAAAAUGUAAAUCAUUAAUGCCCUCUUGUGUUGGAAAUUAUAUUAUAUCUGAUACAAUAGUUUUGUGCUUUCAAGGAGUUCCUCUUGUGAAAACUCAGUGGUCUAUAUAAUAAGUCCCCUCACUGGCCAGUGGUACAGAGUUCUGGGAAUCAGACUUCAUGAUGAUAAAUAAUUGGGCUUUGGAAUAAUGUAUUCCUUUUGUUGGUUUGUUUGUUUGUUUUCUUCUAUUUGUCUUUGACAAGUUGACUCUUGUAAUGAUUCAACGUCAUUUCUCUCGCACACACACUGACAUGCACACAGUCUUGUAUAACUAACCUUAUGGGAAUACACAGUUCAGUCCCAUUCAAAAUCUUAGUUUCCCUAACCUUAACCCUAACUUUAACCUCAACCUUAACCCUACAACUAACCCUAAAACUAACCCUAGCUCUAAACCCUAACCCUAUACCUAAUUCUAACCCUAACACUAGUUCUAACCUUGACCGUAAACCCCCUAGAAAUAGCAUUUUACCUUGUGGGGACUAACAAAAUGUCCCCAGUUGGUCAAAUGUUUGUUUGUUUACUAUUCUUGUGGGCACUUCUGGUCCCCAAAAGUAUAGUUACACACACACACACACACACACACACUGAUACAUACAAACACACAACAUAGAGUGUGUGUUUUUGACAUGUGAACUCAACAUUGCAUGACUGACUUCACCAUCUGCUCUCCUUCCUUAAAGCAGCCAGUCAGUGUCUCUCAGAACAGAACAGCAUAUUUUGUUCUGCUCUGAAUUAUAUAAUAAGGAUGUCACUGACUCAUUAUUAAUUAGUUCAAGAAAUAUGCUCUAUAAAUAAAUUCAGCAAUUGGCCUCUCCAGAGAUUACAACACAGGUUACAUGGAUGUAUGUAUACCACAUGAAAAUAUAGUACUGUGAUUAAAGGUCUGCGUUGAACCAGUUUUCUGGUUCUCAGAUGCUUUUCAAUAAGAAAAUUGGAAUUGGAGUAGAUUUUUUUAUACAGUUUAUUUCCUGAAUGAAAUGGAAUUGACCUCAACCCAUAUCAGGUCUGUUGUUUAAUAUGCUCUCCACAGCUCCCUCCCACUGAGCCAGAAUGAUGUCAAGUCCCCAGUGUUGUUGUUGUGGGGAGAGAGGGAUGCCUUCCUGGAGCAGGAGAUGGCUGAGGCGUGCAGGGUCUACAUCAGGAACCACUUCCGACUCAACAUCAUCUCUGGAGCCAGCCACUGGCUACAGCAGGACCAGCCUGACAUC